AUGGGGCCAGCAGAUCAAUUAAAAAUUAGCAAAAGUAUUAUUAAGGCAACUGAUGCCAAAUUAAAGAGCGAUAAUUGGAAAUAUAUCCUCGAUGUAUGUGAUUUGGUGAGAAAGGACCCCGAAGAUUUCACAAGUAUUGCAAUUGAAUCAAUUCAGAGUAGAUUAAGCCAAGAAAAUGCCAAUAUUUUAUUAAGAACUUUAACAUUAAUUAUUUCAUUAGCCGAAAAUUGUGGUUCAAGAAUUCAACAAGAAUUUAGUAAUAAAAGCUUUACAAACAUAUUAUAUACAAUGUUGGGCAACCAUAAUAUUCAUAAAAUAGUAAAAAAACAAAUCAUUAUCACAGUAAGACAAUUAUCAAAAUCUUUUAAAUCUGAUCCUUCAUUACGUGGUAUGAGUGACUUAUAUAAAAAGAUUAAAAAAACUUACCCAGAUUUGGUUCAUGAAGUGAAAAAUGAUAACAGAGAAUCGAAACCAAAUGUACCAGUAAAGAAAUCGAUUAAUGGCACUAGUUCCAACUCAGUUUCAAACACAAAUGAGGACAAUGAUGAUGAAUUGCAAAAGGUUCUAGAACUAUCUUUGAAAGAAUAUGAGCAAAAACAGAAGGAAGAUGAAAUCAAAAACAACACAGCAUCUAAUCCUAACAUUAUAAAUGUCAAUAAUAAUGACAGUGUGCCGAAUUCAAACAACCCUAACCAACAAAUUGACGAGCAAAAGCCUGCAGUUGUCAAAAGAGUAAGGGCUAUGUACGAUUUAACUGCAUCAGAGCCAGGCGAAUUAUCUUUCAAAAAAGGGGAUAUUAUCAAGGUAAUAGAGCAAGUUUAUCGUGAUUGGUGGAGAGGUUCAUUAAGAGGUACUGUCGGUAUCUUCCCUUUGAACUAUGUUAACCCAAUUGCUGAGCCAACCGAAUUAGAAUUGAGACAAGAACUACAAAAAGAAGCUGGCAUUUUAUCACAAAAAGAUAAUGUCGAUCAAUUAUACAAUGACUUGCAAAAUGCGGCAAGCAAUAAUAGCAAUAACAAUAUGUCAGCAGAUCAAAUUCUACAAAACCCGCAAAUUAAUAAUUUAUAUGGAACUGUAACGCCAUUGAGACCUCAAAUUACCAAAUUGAUAGCAAAGUAUUCAAAUCAAAAAAAUGAUUUAAAUUCAUUGCGUCAAGUAUUAUCAAAUGCAGAAGCUACUUAUAACCAACUGUUAGACAGGGCUGCAAGCUCAUAUACCAUUCCGAAUAUACCACAACCGCAAAUGCCACUUCCUCAGAUGCAAAAUCAGCAACAGCAACCAAUGUAUUCUUCCCAACAACAACAGCAACUCCAGCAGCAACUCCAGCAACAACCUAUGCCAGCCCAAUCCGAAACACAAAAAUUACCUCAACAAAGCACUCAAAAUUUUGGAUCAUCAUCACUUAAUAACACUUAUAACAAUUCGAAUAUGUAUAACCACAAUUACAAUCAAAGCCAGCCAUUAUCUGACGCAAAUCAAUACUCUAACACAUCAGCUUAUCAGCCUGUGAACCAAGGUGUCAACAAUUUUCAACAACAGCAGCAACAACAACAACAGAAGUUUCAGCAAAACUCACAAUAUUCUUAUAACACAGCUAACCCUAAUGCUUAUUCAACCUAG